UUGAAAAUAAGAUCAUGUAAAACAGCUGUUGCUUUGAGAAGCAGUUUUGUUGCUGAUUCUAGAAAAGGACAGUAUGGGGGCUGAUGUAAAAAAUCAGCCCUGAAGACCAGAUGUGUUUAGACUGUAUUUUGAAAGGUUAGCAGGUCAAAUCUAGAGACACUGAGAAAUGGGGGGCUGUCUGUCUGCUGAACAGCACAACAGCUCGCUGCCUGGCUUUCUCACAGAUGCUCCUUUGGGCCGGUUUGUGGGCACUCAGAGAAGCAACGCCUUCACCUCUGAAGACUUCAGCCUUCAGGAGUGCGAAUUUCUCCUGACACAUCUUCCACAACGUGUUACCAGAGCCAUCUCUUCUGCAGAUCAGUUCUCUGUGAUGCAGAUAGAGGAAGACACAUCAUCAGAUAACUGGUUUCAUUGGAGAUUGCACUAUGAGUUGACAUUAAUGGGUAAACCCUCAGGGGUUUUCAGAGCGGAUGGCAGACUGAGUGGAAGGGCUGACCCCCCAGCUUGGACUUGCAAAGGUGAUAUCCUCUGGAAGAGCUCCUUGCAGCUCCCCAAGGUCUCACCACCAUCACAAGGGGCAUCCUCUGGCUACAGGCAGGAGGCAGAGGGAACUCAUUUUGAAACCUCAAGAGCUGCCGUGAAAUGGGAUCAUCAUUCGCCAGGGAGCUCCAGUGCCUAUGUGCCUUACAGCAAUCGUGAUGAAUUCUCAUCCCAGUCUGGCACGCCAGUACAAGACCAGCCAAACCUCCGGUCUUCGUCACAGCUGUUCUGGACCCAGGCAUUAAGGCUAUCUGAGCAAAUUGAGCCGCAAGCUAUUCUCACUCCUAGCCCUGCUGUUUUGUCACCAUGUGUGCAGCUGAUGGGGGCAAGGACACCGCAAUUUCAUCAACCUGCUGAACCCUGCAUGCAGCAGUGGCUGCCAUCAUUCAGGAACAGUGUGAUGCUCCCUGUCUUGGGUGUCGAGGUAGACCCUCAUCUGCCAGCGCUGCCAUGGGCUUUUCACCCCCAAAUGCAAGGUGUGUAAUCCCCUUUUAGGUAGGACUCAGAGAUCUGAAGCUGGGAUCCACAAUCUUGUUUGAAUGUCAGCCUGUAUCGCAUCAAGACAGAUCAGAAAGCAUCAGGCUGGCUUAUGAGGGCAGCACCCUGCCUUGGCAUAAUCCAUCCCCCUAGCCGCGCAUAUGAAUGCGAAGAGGAAAUGUUAUUUCUAUGGUGACACAUCCUUGAGAGCACCUAAUCUGGAUUUAUUGAGGUCGUAAAACUGACUUAGCACUGCAGUACCUAGACUGUAGGAUAAAUAGAAGUCUUCUAUUUAUAAUGCUGCCAAUCUGGC